AUGCAGUGCUCAAGAGGUAGCAUUGCGCCGUCUCUGGCCUCCCCGCGUGCUCGCAACCCCCUUGUUGCACCGGCGCCUCUCGCUCGCCGGCGCUCGCCGUCGUCGUCCGCGACUGGCCGCACCUCUGCAGUGACCCUCCGCCGCCCCGCGCCAUCCCGCUGCUCCCUCGCUCGCAUCGGCGUCCCGCUCAGGCACGCGCACCCAUGCUCGCCCUUCGCCUCGCUUCCUGCCUCGUCCGCCGUGGACAACGGCCCCGCCAUCCCACUCGCCGCCUCGCCCGUGUGCCACCCGAUCGCGGCCACCCCCGACGGCCACCGCGCGACCCCCCUGCCCCUGCCACUGCGCCCGCCUCUGCCCGCAACUCCCAGCGCCUCCCCUGCCGCUGCCCACCUCCGCAGCCGGUCCGCGGGCCCUGCGCCGGCCACCGCCUCCGCCGCGGCCCCUCGUUGGCCGCCGCCCAGGCUCGGCCUCCGCUCGGGCGCCAGCACGCCCCGGCGCCCGUAA